CCUCGCUGAGGACCCUGGGCUGGGCACCUCAGCCGGCUCGUCCACCCUUCCCCUCCGUUGCCUCCUUUCAACCUUGUCCGCGGGUUGGCGCGGUCUCUGUCACAGCGGCGGCCGCUCCCGUCACAGCUGCAGCUCUUUCCCUCCGCUCCCUUCCCGCCGGGUCCCGGAGUGCGCCCGCCAUGGCUCUGCUCAGUGCGGCAGCCCGGCUCUGGGGAGCCAAGAAUUCAUCCUGUCUUGUCCUUGCCGCCCGGCAUGCCAGUGCUUCUUCCACGAAUUUGAAAGAUGUACUGGCCAAUCUGAUACCUAAGGAGCAGACCAGAAUUAAGGCCUUCAGACAGCAACAUGGGAACACAGUGGUGGGCCAAAUCACUGUGGACAUGAUGUAUGGUGGCAUGAGAGGCAUGAAAGGACUUGUGUAUGAAACAUCAGUUCUUGAUCCUGAUGAGGGCAUCCGUUUUCGAGGCUAUAGUAUCCCUGAAUGUCAGAAAAUGCUCCCUAAGGCUAAGGGUGGGGAAGAACCCCUGCCUGAGGGCUUAUUUUGGCUACUAGUAACUGGACAGAUGCCAACAGAGGAACAGGUAUCAUGGCUCUCACAAGAGUGGGCAAAAAGGGCAGCUCUGCCUUCUCAUGUGGUCACCAUGCUGGACAACUUUCCUACCAAUCUGCACCCCAUGUCUCAGCUCAGCGCAGCCAUCACAGCCCUCAACAGUGAGAGUAACUUUGCCCGGGCAUAUGCAGAGGGAAUUCAUCGAACUAAAUACUGGGAGUUGAUUUAUGAAGACUGUAUGGACCUGAUUGCGAAGCUACCCUGUGUUGCUGCAAAAAUCUAUCGGAAUCUUUACCGGGAAGGCAGCAGUAUUGGGGCCAUUGACUCUAAACUGGACUGGUCCCACAAUUUUACCAACAUGUUAGGCUAUACUGAUGCUCAGUUCACCGAGCUUAUGCGUUUGUACCUCACUAUCCACAGUGACCAUGAGGGUGGUAAUGUCAGUGCCCACACGAGCCACUUGGUGGGCAGCGCCCUUUCAGACCCUUACCUGUCCUUUUCAGCAGCCAUGAAUGGGCUAGCGGGGCCUCUACAUGGACUAGCAAAUCAGGAGGUGCUUGUCUGGCUAACACAGCUACAGAAGGAAGUUGGCAAAGAUGUGUCAGAUGAGAAAUUACGAGACUACAUCUGGAAUACACUCAACUCAGGACGGGUUGUCCCAGGAUAUGGUCAUGCAGUUCUAAGGAAGACUGACCCACGAUAUUCCUGUCAGCGAGAGUUUGCUCUGAAACAUCUACCUAACGACCCCAUGUUUAAGCUGGUUGCUCAGCUGUACAAGAUUGUGCCCAAUGUCCUCUUAGAGCAAGGAAAGGCCAAGAACCCUUGGCCCAAUGUCGAUGCUCACAGUGGGGUGCUGCUCCAGUACUACGGCAUGACGGAGAUGAACUACUACACGGUGCUGUUUGGAGUGUCUAGGGCGCUGGGUGUGCUGGCACAGCUCAUCUGGAGCAGAGCCCUAGGCUUCCCUCUGGAAAGGCCGAAGUCCAUGAGCACAGAUGGUCUAAUGAAGUUUGUGGACUCUAAGUCAGGGUAAACUGGGAGACUGGGGAAACUGACUAUAAGAGAACAAGCAAGCUUAAAAAUAAAGUAUAAUUUUGUUUUGUUUCAAGGGCCUUUAAGACUUAAGAUUAAACUGUAUCUGAGGCACUGAAAAUAUAUUUGAAGUUAAAAUAUAAAUUAAGACUUAAAAGACAGCAGUGACCCCAUCUUCCCUCUCUAGCUCACUUCUCCUACCUGGAAUGAGUUGCCCACCAACUAUAGGACAACCAGAACUAAUAAUGCAUGUAGUCAGGGUUAGAUCUCUAGAGUGAGACUUCGUCUCCUCUUUGUUUAGGUUGAAGCAGGUUACAGAAAAGCUGCAGUCACUCUGUGAAGCUACUGCUUCCACUCUACCAGCCCUCCAAGUCAUUUAGGCCAGGGCCAGGCCCCCCUUUGUUUCCACAGGAAGCAUAUUGAUGUCAGCAGUGUCAAAUCCUAGGGCCUUUUGCCAUGAACACAAGCACCUCCUAGCAAGAUCUAUUGGUUAGCUGGAAACACUUUAACAACUUUUUACGCUAUCAGGCAUGGUAUUUAUCAUGACUGUUACUCAGCAUUUGAUCCUAUUCCUCCUUUUAAACUUUACCAUUAAAAUUAUGGUCUGGGAGUAUUGUGUUUCCUUCCAGGCUUUUUAUAUCUGCUGUGCCUCAAGCCGAGGAUGCUCUGGGCCUCUCUGUCUGGCCUCUGCUAAGGACCUCUUCCAGCAGGUCUGUCUGAUCUGUGGUCUUCCCAGUUAUUUGGCUUUAUCAGUACAAUGUGAACUAGGCCUUGUACUUCCAUGGAACAUAAGCCACUGUCUUCUGACCUUGGUUUCUCCUGUUAAUAUGCUCUAGCAUAGAACAGGGCCUCAGGAAUGCCCAGCCUCUUUGUGGUCUGAACAGAAAGGGAUUUGCGAUUAGACAUAGUGUCCAUUGAAUAUCAUAUGGACCUAGGGCUGGGGCAUUCAAAACCAGUAGGCCUUCUUUUCAUCCCCUGCAACAAGGAAAUGGCCUUUUAUUUAUCAACAUCUCCCUUGCUCUUUCAGUAAUCACUUUAGCAGCCCCAUUUGCACAGAUUUUCAGUGACUCAGAAUGCGCUACUACCUUUUCUUUGAGAAAGGGUUGAGAUACACUCCUGUUGUGCCCCUUCUGUACCCUAAAACUCCUGCCUGUGUUUGUGUGGAACCCAGCCCAGCAGCACCCUGUGGAGAUGGACACACUGUAAACCCUUGGGUAACUGUUAGUCAUGAUGCAGACUUCAGGUUGUUCUGUAUAAAAUAAAAAAUAAAUGUUUUUAUUAACAAUG